CGAUGGACUUGGACGUCGACUUGCUGCAUAGUGCUGACUCGGGGCCCAUAGAUGGGUCGAUACUUGUUUUACAACAGCAACACCGCUCGAAGAAAGUUUGGGAUGCUGACCGCACACGGCCGGAUGAUUGUGAAAGCAUGAGAAUUCGUCAGGUUGAGUCAAGGAUACAUAAGAGAAAACAGCCGUCACCCGCUGUUAUGGACUUGAUACGCCGUGCCCGCUUAGAGGGACUUUGUUCAGUGCCUUUCUUGUCCUUGGAUUGGGCUCUGAUUACGGCCCUUGUUGAGCGAUGGCGUCCUGAGACGCACACUUUCCAUAUGCGUCCAGGCGAGUUGACAAUCACGCUACAGGAUAUCGAGAUUUUGUUAGGCAUACCUGUCGACGGGCGACCAGUGACUGGCACAACAUUAAUCGAUCCUGAUGAUUUGUGCCUUCGUCUUUUGGGUGAAGCUCCUGGGAAACAUGAUAAGAAAGGGGGGAAGGUGAAGUUGAAAUGGUUACGUGAUAGGUUUAAUGGCAUUGUAGAGGAUGGGGCAACUGCAGAGGUGGUUGCGCGCCAAGCACGGGGUUACUUGUUAUUGUUGCUUGGGGGAACAAUUUUUGCUGACUUCACGGGGGGUUGUGUGCACUUGUCUUACCUCCAAUUAUUAGAAAACUUUGAUGUAGCUGGGGAGUAUAGUUGGGGCAGUGGUGCACUAUCCGUUUUGUACCGUAAUUUAUGUCACGGAGCUAAGAUUAAAUCGAAACAGAUGACAGGACCGUUCAUACUUGUGCAAGUUUGGGCUUGGGAGCGGUUCCCGUAUCUUGCCCCUGGACGUAGAGGGAAACGCGCCCCUCAGCCCGGUGCUCCGCUUUUAGGACGCUGGGACGAUGACUUUCACUCCCCCGAUUUGGCGACCCAUGUUGUAGGAGCUUAUUGACAUCACCUUGACAUCCAGAGAGACGAUGAGGGGAAUUGGACCCCGUACAGUGACGAGGUGGUUCAAUCUCUUCCACAUUAUUGUCGGGCCGGCAAAGCUAUUUGGCGGGCUACUGUCCCACUGAUAUUUUAUUCUUUUGUGGAGUAUCACCAACCGGAGAGAGUCCUUCGACAAUUUGGAUUCCGCCAAGGCAUUCCCCCUCCCUCUCGAGCUAGAGAGUGGCCACACGGAAAGACGCUUCAAAGUGGACAAAAGGAUUAGGCCAUUGAGCAUUCAGCGGCUGUGAAAACAUGGGAUGAGAGGAUGCAACAUGUUGUAGAGUCGGUCUCUCCUGACUUGCCUGUGUACCAAAUUGACGACCCUUACGUGGUUUGGUACGAAAGGAUUACAAGGCGUUGUAUUAGCCGGGUUGGUGCUGGUAUUGAUGGAGCGGUAUGAAAAUUUGACGCGAUAAACUUUGUUAUACUUUAUUCCUGUUUUGCCAUAUUGGUUGUAUUGAAUCUACGUUAACUUAAAUAUAAGAAUGUUACAUGUUCUAUUGCAGACUCGUUGUUUCAAGACUCUCAAUCGUCCUGGGGUACCUGAGACCUAUCGAGCCGUUGGCUUGGCGGGACUUCAACACUUGUCAGUGUUGGAAAAGUUUUUGCGCCUUAAACCCCCAGACCACCAUUUUUUUGAGCAGCCGACAGCGGGUGGCGAGGAGUUGGCUCAGGGUAGAGAAGAAUCCACACAGCAGCCAGAAUCGCAGCACCAAGCGGCCAGUCAGGGUCAGGACGAGCCUCGUGUAGAAGGCCCUACUUGCCAGACCGAACCACCAGAUGCAACCCAACCAC